CCCCCCAGUCCGCGUGUCCAGCUCUGUGCAGCUCAGCGCAGAGGCCCUAGGCUCGCCCGGCGCGCAUCCCCGUCCCGCGCGCUCCUACUCCAGGCCGCGCGCGCGCGUGCACACAUACACACGCUAGCUCUCCGGGCAUGCGCAGUGGGCGGCGCCGCUCCGGGCCGCCUCUUGCAGCCGCGAGUAGGAAGCGCGAGCGCCGGGCGCCGGGCUGUCAGUGAGCGUGGGGCCAGCCAGCGAGCCAGAGAGCCGGAGAGAGCCAGAGAGAGCGGAUCGGCUCCCAGCUCCGAGUAGCACAGCGCCCGCCCGGCUCUCCCCGGCCACCACCGCCACCACCGCACCUCAUCAGCACCGCCACCUCGGCCGCCGCCCCCGCCCACCCCGGCCCUCCCCGGCUGCUGCUCCCCGGCGGAGGCAAGAGGUGGUUGGGGGGAACCAUGGCUGACGUUUACCCGGCCAACGACUCCACGGCGUCUCAGGACGUGGCCAACCGCUUCGCCCGCAAAGGGGCGCUGAGGCAGAAGAACGUGCAUGAGGUGAAAGACCACAAAUUCAUCGCCCGCUUCUUCAAGCAACCCACCUUCUGCAGCCACUGCACCGACUUCAUCUGGGGGUUUGGGAAACAAGGCUUCCAGUGCCAAGUUUGCUGUUUUGUGGUUCAUAAGAGGUGCCAUGAGUUCGUCACUUUCUCUUGUCCCGGUGCGGACAAGGGACCCGACACUGAUGACCCCAGGAGCAAGCACAAGUUCAAAAUCCACACAUACGGAAGCCCUACCUUCUGCGAUCACUGUGGGUCCCUGCUCUAUGGACUUAUCCACCAAGGGAUGAAAUGUGACACCUGCGACAUGAAUGUUCACAAGCAGUGUGUGAUCAAUGUCCCUAGCCUCUGCGGAAUGGAUCACACUGAGAAGAGGGGGAGGAUUUAUCUGAAGGCUGAGGUCACUGAUGAAAAGCUCCACGUCACGGUACGAGAUGCAAAAAAUCUAAUCCCUAUGGAUCCAAAUGGGCUUUCGGAUCCUUACGUGAAGCUGAAACUUAUUCCUGACCCCAAGAAUGAGAGCAAACAGAAAACCAAAACUAUUCGCUCCACACUGAAUCCUCAGUGGAAUGAGUCCUUCACGUUCAAAUUAAAACCUUCAGACAAAGACCGGCGACUGUCUGUAGAAAUCUGGGACUGGGAUCGGACCACUCGGAAUGACUUCAUGGGUUCCCUUUCCUUUGGUGUCUCAGAGCUGAUGAAGAUGCCGGCCAGUGGAUGGUAUAAGCUGCUCAACCAAGAAGAGGGCGAAUACUACAAUGUGCCCAUUCCAGAAGGAGAUGAAGAAGGCAACAUGGAACUCAGGCAGAAGUUUGAGAAAGCCAAGCUAGGCCCUGCUGGUAACAAAGUCAUCAGCCCUUCAGAAGACAGAAAGCAACCAUCCAACAACCUGGACAGAGUGAAACUCACAGACUUCAACUUCCUCAUGGUGCUGGGGAAGGGGAGUUUUGGGAAGGUGAUGCUUGCUGACAGGAAGGGAACGGAGGAACUGUACGCCAUCAAGAUCCUGAAGAAGGACGUAGUGAUCCAGGACGACGACGUGGAGUGCACCAUGGUGGAGAAGCGCGUGCUGGCCCUGCUGGACAAGCCGCCAUUCCUGACACAGCUGCACUCCUGCUUCCAGACAGUGGACCGGCUGUACUUCGUCAUGGAAUACGUCAACGGCGGGGACCUCAUGUACCACAUUCAGCAAGUCGGGAAAUUUAAGGAGCCACAAGCAGUAUUCUACGCAGCUGAGAUCUCCAUCGGACUGUUCUUCCUUCAUAAAAGAGGGAUCAUUUACAGGGAUCUGAAGCUGGACAAUGUCAUGCUGGACUCAGAAGGGCACAUCAAAAUCGCUGACUUCGGGAUGUGCAAGGAACACAUGAUGGAUGGAGUCACGACCAGGACCUUCUGUGGGACUCCGGACUACAUUGCCCCAGAGAUAAUCGCUUACCAGCCGUACGGGAAGUCUGUGGAUUGGUGGGCAUACGGUGUGCUGCUGUACGAGAUGCUAGCCGGGCAGCCUCCGUUUGAUGGUGAAGAUGAAGAUGAACUGUUUCAGUCUAUAAUGGAGCACAAUGUGUCCUACCCCAAAUCCUUGUCCAAGGAAGCUGUCUCCAUCUGCAAAGGACUUAUGACCAAACACCCUGCCAAGCGGCUGGGCUGCGGGCCGGAGGGAGAGAGGGAUGUCAGAGAGCAUGCCUUCUUCAGGAGGAUCGACUGGGAGAAACUGGAGAACAGGGAGAUACAACCACCAUUCAAACCCAAAGUGUGUGGCAAAGGAGCAGAAAACUUUGACAAGUUCUUCACGCGAGGGCAGCCUGUCUUAACACCACCAGAUCAGCUGGUCAUUGCUAACAUAGACCAAUCUGAUUUUGAAGGGUUCUCGUAUGUCAACCCCCAGUUUGUGCACCCAAUCUUGCAAAGUGCAGUAUGAAACUCAAAAAUGAAAGAUCAAAUGCCUCCCCAGCCCCCAGCAUCCCCAGCAGUGGGAAGUGAUCCUUAACCAUAAAAAUUUAAGGCUAUGGCCUUGUAUUUUGUUCCACACAGAGGCCUGAAAAUUCUAGGGACAUUAGUCAGUACAUGAUCAACUUUUUUCCUCAUCCCCCAACCAAAAGCAUUAUCUUAGUGGAUGAUGACAUAAUGUACAGAGUAUAGUUUAAUUAUGUAGAAGUCAUGUCCGGCUACAAGUUGAUUCUUCCUAAAAAACAAAGAGACUUGGACCCUAUUUUUGGUACGAUUUGAUAUAUUCUCCAUACUUUCCAUUUCUUGGAUUUUCACUAUCAGAAUCAACCAGAGAUAGUAAAGUGAACCCACCCUAACUCAAGGAAAGGAAACAUUUCCACCCAAGAUGUCUUUGGAACAAAAGAACAGGAAGUCCAAAGAGAAAGCAAAGAGAGGUUGGGGGCUCAUAUAUUCAAGACCACAUAGCUUCUAUUCUCUGUUUCAAUGGAAACAGUCCCUAGACUCAGAGAGGGCAGGAUGAACCUGAUCACUGUUCCCAGCCAUCAUAGCACAACCAUAGUGCAUAGUUUAAGAAUGAAAGAAAACUUCAGACAAAUAUUCAUUGAAUCUAUCAUCUGUAAUCCCCUGCUUGGUUGAUAACUAUGUCUAUAACUCAUUCUUUUUAAGAGGCCAAAUCAUCUAAGGAUUUUGCUAAACAAGCAUGUGAAAUAAUUUCAGAUCAAGGAUAAACCAUGUGUACGUUCAUUUUAAUCUCUGGGAGAUGACUCUUCAAUCCAGGGUGCCAUCAGUAAUCAUGCCACUGUUCACGAGUGUUGUUAGCCAACCCCACACAGACAAUAAUAUUUUGCUACCUUUGUAGGUACCCUUCCUAAGAAGCUGAAAUGUAUGACCCCAUCCCAUUUUUUUACUAUUUAUUUAAUAAGCUGCAGUGUCGUUUAUGGAAGUACAAUGUAUAGUAAUUUAGUCAAAGUAUUGACUAGCCUCAGUCCCCAUAGAUUGAUUUUCAUCCUUUCUCUAGCCCCACAUCCACUUAGAGAUGAAAAAGAGUAUAGUUUGGGUUCCCAUUCUCAGUUCCUAUUGAACGGCACAUGUGGAACUGUAGGAUCAAGAUACUUUAUGCUUAUAACAGCUCAAAGAUGUCUUCUUGCUAGAAGGAUUUUAAUAUGUUUUGCUAGUGCAUCAUGCAAUGGAUUUUGCAUGUUUAUAAUAAACCUUAAUAACAAGUUAAUCUAUAUUAUUGAUAUAAUUGUAUCAACUAUAAAGAGUAUUAUGAUAAUUUUUAUAAGACACAAUUGUGCUAUAUUUGUGACAUUCAUGUUUCCAGUCUGCUUUAAGAUUAAGUGUUAGCUUUAUUCAUUGCUGCUGGGCUCUCACCCACUACCCCACACACUGGCACUCUAUCAGAUAUAUUAAUUUUUUAAUGUAGAUGUAAUUUUAAAAAUGAAUGGCUACUUUACACGUUUAACUAGGGUUUUACUAUAUAUGUGUACAUAUGUAUAUUUAUAUAUAUAUAUAUAUUUGAUUCUACCUGCAAACCCCGGUUUUGUUUGUGGGGAUUAUUUUUUGAGAUGAGACUCUGUUAACUUCUUCAUGUUAUCCUCUGUUCAGGUUCCUUUAUCACCCCUUCUCUUGGGGACAGCUGAAUAUAUUUAAUUCUAGUAUUCCUGAUAUGUUCAUAUAUAUGUGGCAUUGUUACAGCACCUGGGCUGAACUCCAUGUGUGUGUGUGUGUGUGUGUAUGUGUGUAUGUGUGUGUGUGUGUGUCUGUCUGUCUGUCCUGUCUGUCUGUCUGUUUGUCUGAUACUUUUCAGCCUAUGUCUUUGGGGUCUCUAGGGAUGAAGGGGCGAGAGGAUUCCUUUCUGUGUGUGCAUAUGGACACCCAAAAAUAUGUAGUCUGUCUUUCUGCCCCAGAAUAACUCACUGUGUACUCCAGAACACACAGAAUCCUUGAGACAAACUUUAUCCCCAUGCCUGUGUAGAGCCAUCUCUGAAGCUGUUGCCAGCAGACUCUCUUCAGAGGCACAUACUGUCUUAAAGCUGUUCCUAGAACAUUCCGGUCUUUGAAGAGCAUGUCUUUGGCCAAAUGCCUCCUAAUACAAGGUGUUUAGAAGAGGCAGGCUUCUGCAGCAUAAAGGACAAGUGAAAAUGGAGUUCCCACCAGUCCUUAGAGAAGGCACCUCUCCUGAAAUCAUCUCACAGCUAAGCUCUCCUCUUUGUUACUCUCCACCUAUCUGCUUGACAGUCACAUACCCUGAAACCCACCAAGAGUCUUUGAGAUACGGAGCAUAGGCUGUUCUGAAAAUCCCUAAUCAAAAAGAGAUAUGGAGUCGAGAGUGGGCCAAACCAGAAAAGAGCAGUUUCUUCUGCAACCUUUCAUGAAUUCUGGACUUCAGACCUCAAAAAGUGGGAAAGGGUGUCAUAUAUGGAUCUCAGAAGUCAAGCUCAUCAUGUUGGUAACCUAGCCUUAUCAAAAACACUGUACUCAGUCCAACUGUAAAGGAACUGGCUUAUCAAUCAAUGAGCCUUGGAAGUGAAAGUGUUGCUCUUCCCAGGUGGGACAGCAACAGGAAGCUGAACCUCUCAAAGUGGGGGAAACCACAGAGAAGGAGCACAGGGUUCGUAGACAAUCCAUCCUGAGGUGCCAAGCUGCCUGACUCUCAUGCCAGUAGCAGGCUUGGGUUCUUCCUUAAACCGCCAGCAUCCAGCUCUAAGAGAUUCAACUUCUCUAGAAAAUAUGUGUGAUCCCUUGGAUGGCUUGUACGCUUAGAGAAUAUCCACCAACAUUCUCAAACUGGAGGAGGGAAAUAACAGAGCCACAGACCAGCAAUUGCCUAAGGAACAGAACACUGGAGAACAAACUUAGGAGAGAUGAUAAAAAUUUAAGGAAGUGUUCAUGAUGCUGCCUAUUCUAUACACUGCUGAGUGUUAAAUUCAGAUGAAGGCUAAUACUUUAAAGAUCUGGACAGCAGAGACAACUUUUGGUACAAAACUAACUCAUGUGGAUAACCACUAGCAGCUGUUAGGCAGGAUCAAUUGAUACUAUUCCACAUCCUUGUCCCACUUCACAGACCUUGUAUGAAACAGGGCUACAGGGAAACAUCUGCCAUUUGAACUGAAGCAACCACGCAGGAGGCCAGAACCAGGAGGGUGCCUUGAAGGGCUUAAUCCCCAGGGGCAGGGGUGGGAACUAUUUAGAAUGUACCUGCUCUCAGACUCUGCCUGCAUUGGCAGGGUCUGUGGAGGAGAACCUAGCACAAUCCAAGUCUCCACAGGGACCCAUCAGGCUGUGACCCAGAAAAUCCAUUGAAAUCAUUUUGUAUUAUAUUCCCCUGGAAGGUGGCCAUUUCCCAGUAGUAGCUCUUCCCUGUUCCACCACAGGCCAGUGGGCUGCUAGCUCUGCCUUCAGUGUGGCAUCUAAAGUUACCUGGUGCUUGGGUUGAAUGGAAAGAACUGGAGUAUGCUGCCAGGUGCAGCCCCAGGAGUUAAUGGGAGGCUUACCCCCAGGCAGGAGCUAAUUCAGAAGGUAGAUAAGGAGCCCCAGGAGCUAAACUGAUUGCCCAUCACCCUCCUACCUCUGUGGCCUAGUUUGAGCUAGUAGCCUUUUCUUUAAUUUAGUCUUUUUUUAUUAGUGAUUUGAGAAACUCAGGAGGCCCAGAGUUUUCCGGAAGCUUGGUCUGAGAUGGUCACGUGAAAGAUUACCAGAGGCCAGUAUUAACCCUCAAAUGUUGCUGCUCACAAGCUCCAGUUCUUAGCCAAUAAAUCAUGGUGGCUUGCCAACCCCAAAAGAGCCACUCAUUGAUGUAUCACUAAGAGGAGGAAGCAGAAGUCAACACCAUGAAAGAGCAGGGUUUGAGUGUACCCAGGAAGACAUGGAAGGUGGCAGAAAGGUUGUGUUAUCUGCAUGGGCUUUCCACUGGGGGUCAUUGUGCAAAUGGAAGUUACUGUUCAACAGCCUUCAAAGGAGUGGCUUCUUGCCAGAUACAACCUUUUGUUCAUUCUCAGACUCUCCCAACUGUAACAAGUCCUUUGCCCUGGGCCGAGCCAGCCAGCAGACCCUGGAAGCAUUUAGUUCCAUCUUUAUCCCUCUGAUAGUUAUGGCUGCUGAGACUAGGUCCAGAAGUCAUGAAAACAACCAACAGCAACCUGCCAGCUUCUGCUCAGCAGAGAAAAAUAGGAAGGGUUUGUGCAGGGCUUUAUUUUCUCAAACACCUCCACAAGGCAACACCACCUGACAGUCAUUUUCUCACCUUGGUCUUAUGAAAUCAUCUAUUUCUUGUGUGUACAUGUCACACUGUUUCCUGUUUGUUUACAACCCUAGAAGGGUUGCCUGUCCCCAUGCCACGGCUGAGCACAUCAAACAGUCACUCUCAGGAGAUGCGUGCUGAGCCAGAGACCUGAAAGGAUGCUGACCAUGGGGUGUGGGGGGGUGGGGGGACAAUAGCAAGGAAGGAGACAGGUCCUCUGGUUAGCAGUGGGUCCACACUAACAUGACAGAAUGUUAGGAAACCGGUUUUAAAAUUGUUUUCCAUGAACUGCUGUUAACAAAAUGUGCUGGACAGUCAACACCCCUGCCACAUCUCACUGGGCCAGCGUAGCAAAUCUAGAAGAAGCAGAUCCUUUCUGCUGUCAGAAUAAUCCAGAAAAUCAGGAAAGAGUGCUUGAGGCAUGCACAGGCACAGUGUUCUAGAAACGGUGUCUAACGCUGUCCCAGUGAUGAUACAGUAAUGGUUAAAAAGUGUAGUCGGCUCAGCAUUCGUGUGGUCAGGUGUCAGUCAAUGAACAGCAGACACACCAGGUCGUUAAACAGCCUUACUGUGACCCUCCUCAGAAGCCCACAAGUUCCAAAGACUUUUUUUUUUAAACCUAAAACAAGAAAUUAACUUAUUAACUUCAAUAGAGUACCUGGGUAUCCUGGGCUAUUUGUACUUUUUUAUAGAGGACUUUAAUAACUCAAUCCUUUUCAAGUGAGUUUUUAAAAUAAUAAAAAUUUCAUAAAUUUCCAAUUCCUUGUAACUUAUAGGAGGAUUUCACCCAGGUUGGAUAGAGCACCCACGAUCUGCGUUCCCACAGCGGGAUUUUCCCGUGCUAGUGAGGUGUGGAGUCCACACUGGACUGGCUGGCAUAUGAUAUUCUCUCUCUCUUUCCUAGCAGACACUAUAGAUAGCUGUGCAAGGUUUAGCCAUCGCUCAACUGUAGGGAUGAUGGCUUUAUAGCUCCCCUUCCUGAUGUAGCCCCCAGAAAGGAUUCUUGGGGAUCUAGAGGGUCCCACUCUUCACUGUAAGAGUCAGAGCAGGAAGGGGGUGCUUCUUCAACUCUGGCUCAAGUCCCCUCUGGUCCCUCAGUCUCUCACAUUUGAUUAAAAUGGAGAGAUGCCCUCUAAGGAUUCCGCCCACUGGGCAAUUCAAGCCUCCUACCCCGAGAAGAGACAGCGCUGAGUGCGCCUGGGCAUCUGCUUCCAUUCCCAUGGAUGUGAGUAGACAGAACCCUACUUUUGAGAAAACACCUACCCAGCCCACUUUGUAACAACCCCCUUUUUCUAAACUAUGACAAAAGGCGGCUUUGCACUUUCUGAUCAAACAACACUGUCUUUUGUCUCCUGCUUAACUUUUAAGACUAUCCUGUGAUCGACGUUUGUAGAUUUUUUUUGUUAAUAUUUUGCCUGGAAGAAUGUGACUCUCCUUGGGAGGCUUAGUAGACUAUUAAAAGUUAUACAUGAAGGUGGUUGCUAUUUCAAGGCUAAAGGUUUUUCUAAGAAUCGCUCUCCUAUCCUGACCGUGAAGGCUUUUCAGGAUACCUUUUAUAGACGAUCAGAUGCAUUCGAGCUGCGUUUCCUACAUGAUUUCUGUUUUGUUUUAUGAAGGACACGCCAUGUUUAAAUCUCUCAUUGGAAAACAAACAAACAAACAAGCAAACACCAUGCAAAACCCCAAAUUGGUUUGGAGGAAGGAGUGAAGGUGGAGGCUGUUGCCAGAACGGGCCUUUACUGAUAAGCCAGGGGCUGUUCCACUGCUCGUUUGGUUACUGAGCAGGUGAGGUAGACAUGUAAAUUACUGCCUAGCUUUCUUGGAUUUGUGUAACCUCUACUCUCCGUUUGCAUGAUCUGCUCUGUUAGAUGCAUUCAUUGUAGUUCGGAAGCAAGCGUGUAUGAAUAAAGAUACUGAUCACUGC